GGCAAAUGUAGUCCGCAGCGUCGGGUAAGCUACAAUGGAGCUGAACGCUCGACGCUAGCAGGGCUUGCACCAGAACAGGAAAACACCCAGCGCACAGCCCGACGAAACACACCUGGUGUCACCAUGUUUUAGGCAGGCUGAGACAGCAGUUCCAGAGUCACAGCCUUGAGCAGACAGAUCAGCAGACAGCAGACAGCAGACUCUGGGGUGGCAGAGCAGCAGACGGAACACUCAUCCCAGACGGAACACUGAUCCCAGACGGACAGCUGAGACUUCACUGAGUGCUUCAGAGAUGUGGAACUCUGAGGAGGUUGUAGUGGUAAAGGCAGAGCAGCUGGGCCCGUCGUCGGCUCAGUCCCUGCUGCAGGUGGUCGUGCCUCAGGAGGCCUCUGUGAGGGAGACCCAGGCCUACAUGCUGCCUCAGGCCCACGAUGAAGAGGAGGAGGAGGAGGAAGAGAGAACCAUCGCUGAGGAGACGCCAGCGCCACCAGGAGAAACGGUGUCCAUGGAGACAGGCGGAUAUGCCGACCCAAACACAGACGGUCAAGCAGAGAUGGCGACGGCAGUGUCGGAAGGUUCCGGAAGCGUCCCGGAGGAGUCAGAGGCCCUCGUGGAGGAUGAGCUGGACCCUGACUACGACCCCGAGGGCGACCCCUUCCAGUGCCACUACUGCCAGCGCCGCUUCACCACCCGCCAGGGCCUGGAGCGACACACACACAUCCACGCCUCCGCCGCCGCCAGCACACACACCCUCAAGUGCAGGUUCUGCACCAAGACCUUCGGCACCCAGUUCGGUCGGCGCCGGCACGAGAGGAGGCACGAGAGCGAGAGGAAGAGGCUGGGCAGGUCCGCUGCCGCUUCGGCACCGACCCGUCCUGUGAACGCCCCAGCAGCGUCAGAACUGUCUGUGACCGCCCCCUCUGCCGGUGCCGCCCCUCUGAAGAUCCCUGCGCCGAUGCGUAAGAUGGCUCCGGGGGCCGUGGACGCACACGCCCGUGGCUCGGCGGAGGGCGGUGAGCAGAGGGGCGCUCACGUCUGCAGACACUGCCGCAAGGCGUUCGGGACACACACCAACCUGCGGCGGCACCAGCGCAGGGUCCACGAGCGGCACCUGCUGCCCCGCCGCCUCGCCAACUCAACAGCACCCCCGGUGGAGGGGCAGAAAACUGUGCCCACACAGCAGACUCGCACCUCCUCCUCCUCCUCCCCGGUGGCGAGCCCGACCCGAGACGGAGCGGUGGAGGAGGAGGUGGAGCCUGAGGAGUACAUGGUGGACAUCUCAAGCAACAUCUCCAAGAACCUCAGCUUCUACAUCGACGGCAAGAUCGUCUCCACCAGCGCCGUCAGCAACUGCGAGGUCAUCGAGGUCAACUCUGGCUCGGCGGCUGUGAUUGGUCUAGACACCCUGAUCAUCAGCCCUUCCCAGAUCAUUCAGGCGCUCAAAAUGCAGUCGGCCGUGUCCGCUUCGUGCGGCAUCCCCAGCCAAUCAGCAUCCAGACGUCGGACGGCCACACCGCCACUGCUGCCGCAGAUUAAAACGGAACUGGAGUCGGAACCCAUCCUCACCACCACCUCCUCUUCCUCGUCUCCCGCCUCCUUCCUCCCGUCCUCCUCCGCGAUGGGCACGGUGGUGGGCACAGUCCUGUCCCAGCCUGCGGACCCAGGCGGCCCCCAGAAGGAGAAGACCGUGUAUCUGUCCCCAAAGCUAAAGCAACUGCUACAGACGCAGGGCGGCUGCAAGCCCACCUUCGCCCUCAUCACCGACGGCAACAGACUCGCCUCGCCGCUGUCCCUCACCGUCCUGUCCUCGAGUUCCAGCCGCUUCAAGAGACGCACGGGGUCCCCCCCCAGCGCUGGGUCGCCCCCCACCUCCACACAGCAGAGCCCUGCUGGGACACCGGAGAGCGGGGCAACAGAAUGUUCCCAGGAGCAGAUAACGGAGGCCCAGUGCAGUUCUCCGCCGUUGAGUCUUUGCUGCAAGGGCGACCUGGAGCAAUCGACUCCUGCAGGACCAGCAUCGAUCCUGGUCCCGGUACAUCAGAGCCCGCCUCUGGACUGGUCUGAGCCCAGGACCGGCGGGAGCCCAUGCAACCAGCAGCCGUUGGACCUGUCCAGCGCCACCGUGAGCCGGAGGGAGGGCAGCGAGGAGCUGAGCGAGGCAGCUCUGGAUCUGAGCAUGCCCAGUAGGAGUGAGUGCGAGGGCGAGGGCUUUGGCGCGAUGUCUCCCGCUCUUCUGCAGCUGCGGAAGGCCAAGCCCAGCUCCAGCAUGCUGCAGCAGGUCCUGAUGAGCGACUAUGCCGGCCUCGCAGCACCCGGAGACCAGGGCACAAGCGUUGCCGCCCUGGUGACGGAUGUUGCCAUAGUAACUGCUGCCAGCGUGGUGCCUGCGGACCCCGAGAGGUUGGUGGUGGAGCUGGCGCUGCCCCCCACCUCCUCCCUGCAGUCCUCUCCACCCUCCCUCACCCCCGUCGCCACACAAACAUUCACCCCCCCACCUGCUGCCGGCGACCCCACCCCUCCUCCCCCGGUCCUGCCCUCCGCUUCCUCGCCAGUUGUCAUGGUUACGUCAGGGCCUGCUCAGCUGCUGCCUGUGAGCUCCACCACCCAGCCCAGACUCACGCUGCUGCCUCCUGAAGCAUCCAUCAGCAGAGUGGAGACGGCAGCAGAUGACCCCCAGCCAGCAGGGGGAGCCCAAGUGAAAGCAUUGCUUCCAAACUGGGGGGACUCUGUCCCCAUAUGCUUGGUGGGCGCUGAAACACUUCAGAGUCUACCUUCCGCUGGGGGCCCCCCCUUGGGCGAGAUGUCCCUCUCAGGCACGACUACAGACUUUGUCACUCCAAUCCCAGCGCUGCAGGCCUUUGCGGCAUCUGUGAACGAGUCGACCAUUCAGUCCUACAGCAUCAUCCCCAACGCUGUAGUGAUUGAGUGUACGGUGUCUCUAGAGUCCUCGCAGGCUUUCGUUCCCACCUUCCCCGGGAGCACCAUAGAGUCUCCCUAUGGCAAAAUCAUCCUUGGGCCUUCAGAGCAUCUGCAGCCUUACACCACACCUCAGCUCCCAGCCCCUAAAGACACAGUGCCCCCUUCUGAGCAGGCCCCAAAACCCCCCCCUCCUCCACUAGCCGACCUCGCCUUGCCUGCUGCCCCCCCACUGGAGGGAACCCCCCUCUCAGCUCCUUCCCCCAUCAAAGACGAGUCCGAGAGCACGAACGAGCCAGUGGAGUUAACCACAGCGCCCUCAGCUGCUCAGGAGGCCCCAUCACAAGCGGAGGAGAAAGCUGUGAAGGAAGAGUCGGUGCAGGUGAGUCCCCUGAGCAACAGCUUCGUGUGUAACGUCUGCUCCGAGCCCUUCGCCUCGAUGAAGGAGCUGGGCCGCCACAUCGGCGAGCACUCCGAGGCCUGGCCCUACAAGUGUGAGUUCUGCGUCCAGCUGUUCGAGAGCGCCAAGCUGUUCCUGGACCACCGCUCCACGUACCACGGCAUUGGCAAGAUCUAUGUCUGCUCCACGUGCUCCAAGGACUUUGCCUUCCUGAGCAACCUGCAGCAGCACCAGAAGGAUCUCCACCCGGGCCAGACCUGCACUCACACAGAGGUGGAGGACGGCAGGCUGCGGCCGCAGAACUACAACAGCCCCAACAAAGAAAGCGCAGCGGGAACACCGGGCGCUACUCCUGACUCCGGCCCGCAGGAGAAUGAGAGGGUGACACGCAGGAGGGCGGCCAAGAAAGAGGAGGAGAAGGAGGAGGAGCCAAAGCAGGAGCAGGAGGAGGAGUUUGACACGGCCACCGAGGAGCUCUACACUACGAUAAAGGUCAUGGCAUCAGGGAUGGGCCGCACCAAAGGUCCCGAUGUGCGUUUAGGGAUCAACCAGCACUACCCCAGCUUUAAGCCUCCACCCUUCCCUUACCACAACCGCACCCCGACCGGCUCGGUCACCUCAGCAACCAACUUCACCACCCACAACAUCCCGCAGACUUUCAGCACGGCCAUCCGCUGCACCAAGUGCGGUAACAGCUUCGACAACAUGCCCGAGCUGCACAAGCACAUCCUGGCCUGUGCCAACGCCAGCGACAAGCGCCGCUAUACCCCCAAGAAGAACCCCAUCCCGCUGAAACAGUUUGCGCGGACGCAGAACGGCGUGCUCUCCCCAACCACAGCCGCUAACAUCCGCCAGAACGUCUCCCGCAAAGUCGGGCUAGGGAAGAGGCCCAACGUGAGUCAGGAGUCCCUGGCGAAGUUGAAGCUGAGCGCCCUGAGCAAGAGGAAGGCCCAGCUGGUGCAGAAGGCGGUUUCCCAGAGGAACAAGUCCGCCAGCCUGCUUAAGAGAAGCGCGGGGGGGGAGGAGGAGCAGGGCACGCACGUGUGCCCCCACUGCCGACGGGAGUUCACCUACCGCGCCAGCCUCAGCAAGCACAUCGCGCUCAGCUGCCCCAACAAGCCCGUUUCCAAGAAGGCCCGGAAGAGGAAGGAGGGAGCAGGAAUGUCCCUUGCUCAGGAGAACAACGCCAACGUGCGGCGACGCAGCCUAGACGCUGCGGCCAAACAGCAGGGGGCGCUGCAGCCUGUCGGUGUGGGAGAACAUGCCGGACUGCCUCACCUCAGCAAGGGGGACAUGAAGAGGUCGGCCAUCUUGGUGACGGCGCCGGCCCACCCCAUCAAGAGGAGCAAAAAUGGGCCUACAGAUGUCCUGUCGCCAAUCUCGCAGUCCAAUUCCUCACAGCGAUCGGGCCGGCUGCCGCAGAAUGGGGCGGAACCCAGAACCCAGAACCUUCAGACCCAACCUGCAUCGCAGCCAAUCCCCAUCAGGGCGCGGGAGAGGAAGGGGGGCCCGGUCACACGGAGCCUUCAGCAGGCGCGCUCUAUGGUGCCCCCCUCUGGUCAGGCCGAGGCUGGAGCUGCACCCCAGCCCGCAGAGCCUCAGGUGGCGCUGGCAGGGAGGAAGUGAGGCCUCUCCCCAGACAGGGCUGGGGUAGGAGUUAUCCAACUCCAGGCCAGAUGGGGGCCCUGUUUGUGAAACAGUCAGAACAGCUUUCUAAGAUGGGGGCUGAACAGCAUGAGUAGACAGUAUGGACAUUUACACUUCAUAGCUUGUUAUUUAUUUAUUAGCUGGUGAUCGCUAACACCAUCAGUGGUUGGAUUGUUUGUGAAAAACAAAACAUGACAAAGACUUUUAAAGAUUUUUUUUUUUAAGUAAAGGACCGAGGCCUGGAAUAUUCUGGAUGACAUCACAGACUUUCUGGACACUUUAUAAAGGUGUGGAUUGGACAGUGGAUUACGAGAGGCAAACAGGGUAGAACGGAGAGGGGGAGUGUGGGGUGGGGUGGGUUAUAAGGUUGCGGGUCAAAGGUUUAGGGUAAAAGAACACAGUCCUAUAACAACUGUCUCUGAAACAGAUUAGGCUCUGAUGUGGCGCUGGUCUGUGCCAGUCCGAUGCCGGUACUAGCAGUCUCUUGGGCCAUGCACUUUAAUCAUUGAAAUGAUCCUGUCAACAUGGAUAUUAUGAGAAACAAUCAAAGGAAAAAGGAAAGCAGUCCUCCUCGACAGGGUUUAUGACUAACGCAAGGUUCCUCCUCCUCGACAGGGUUUAUGACUAACGCAAGGUUCCGAGUGUGUGUUUUUUCAGUAGCUGGCAAUCAUCUCUGGUAGUGCCCGACUAGCAUCCCUGAUUCUACUGUUUGGCCGCCGUUUGUGUACAGCCUGGAGUUUGUUGUCUUGUCUCGUCUCUUAGUGCACGUAAAUGGGUCUCAUGUUUUCAGUGUCAAUCUCACACUAGGUUUCUGUAAUACACUGUGAUGGAUGACGGUCCGGACAUGAAGCGUAAUCUCAUACCUCAGUCAUACCUGGAUCGCCACUCUCUCUGAUCUGAUUGGCCUAUCCAGUGAUCUUAGUGCUCAUCUCUGAUUGGCCUGUCCACUGAUCUUAGUGCUCAUCUCUGAUUGGCCUGUCCACUGAUCUUAGUGCUCAAACCACUGCAUUGGGGAAACCUGAUAUUAGGCGACACAAUAAACACAUUUAGUCUUAAACGUAGGCAUUACCCAGAAGCCCCCCUGUUUCAGGUCACUCAGAGAUAAGUUAUGUUGCAGUUAUUUGAACGAAUGAAUCUUUACGUUACGUUAGAAAUACUUUAAACAACAUCGCAGUCAAGAGUCAAACUACUGUAUAAUCAACACAAACUUGUUGAUGUACAACUUGAAAAGUUUCGAGAGUUAUCUCUCAGCAAUUGCAUUUUCAUAGUAUGUCAGUGAUAUUGUCAUAAGACCAGUGAAUCGGUGUGUAACUCCGGGUCUUAACUGUGACAAGAGUGGUCUGGGACAGCAGUGAACUUGCAUCCAGCUGAUUAUAACUGUUCACACUUACAUCUGGAUUCUGGAUUGAUAUAGCGUAGAUAAAAACUACACUAACCUGUUGCUACGGGAAUAAUUGUUGAAUAUCAUCACAUGAAUAGCCAUUUUGCAGGAAUAACAUGACUGAAUGACUUCAUUAACGUUACUACAGGCGUAAGUGCUCGAGCCAUGAGAGGGUAACUAAUGAUAGUCACUACAGGAGUAACUACUGCCAUUACUCAUUACGAUUUUAUGGCUACAAACCCUUUCCCUAAAUAGUAGCCGAUUUUGGAUUCGGUCUGAGACAAACGGAUGACGUCACUGCUCCUUAGUGAAGUGUUGCAGUUCCCCAGGUAACAGAACCAGGCCUGAUCUGGUCCAGUUCCAGCUGUUCUGAAGGCACCCGUGCGUGUAGAGGCAGCAGGGUCUCUGUAGGGCCAGAACAGCAGACGCAGCAGCAGCAGCAGCAGCAGCAGCAGCAGCAGCAGCCAUCUUCAGGAGAGGCACAAGUCCGCCCCAGUCUCUGCUCUCCUGAAGAAGACGUGACUGUCUCUCUGUUUCUACAGGGUUGAGACAGGGGUACCCAUAUCUGCAGGGUCUCUAGGGCCAGAACAGCAGACGCAGCAGCAGCAGUGACAGCCAUCUUUAGAGGGCCUCUGAGGAGAGGACAGCCAUCUUUAGAGCGCCUCUGAGGAGAGGGUUAUCUGAGGGAAGCCUUUGAAGUGAUGGAGCAACACGUAACUCUAAGCCCAGGAGGAAAACGUCUGAAGCUGCGCCGUGCAUAUAUCUGCCGUUUUCUCUGAGGGAGAAAAAUAUUCUCCUUUUCAAAGACUAAGUUUUUUAGUCUUCCUAAGUUUCUGAGUUACGCAGCAGGGGGACGGACUGGAGGGGCUCCCAAGGAAACCUCGAGUCGGAAAUCUUGCAGUGUGAUUGUGCCUCUUGAACAUGACAUUUCUGUUUUAAUGUGACUGACGUCGUUAUGGUACAGUUGGAGAAGCUGUUGUGUUUUUUUUUUCGUCAUGUGAGUGUUUUAAAUAAAGAAAAUAAAGAAAUGA